CAACAUUCUAGCCAAACAACAACAGCGAAGCACGGGCGAAGCGACAUGGCGGAAACACAAACAGUGAACGUGGGUGCGGGCUGGAGCGAGGGCUCACUCUGCAGCGGCCCUGGCAUGAUUGUGGAUGGCAUUCUCAAAUCCAAACGCAGAUUCGUCGUUGUGGACGGCGACAACCAACGGCACAGGUACAUGCGCUUGGACUUUGAGGUGCAAGGGGCGCUGGAACGCCAGUUUGAGGGCGGCGUGGAAGUAGAAGCGCUCUCCCAUGUCACCACCAGAGUCCGCACAGGCCACCUCAACUCAUCGUAUGUGUCGAAGACGGAGCGGUCGGACCGGGUGUCACAGGACGAUGCCAAGAAGCGCAUCAGCGCGAGCCAGGCCGCCAUGAAGGUGGAGGCAACACGCUUUGCUGACGGCACCGCCUUUCUCGUCCCAGAACGCGUCAUCUCCGGCAGUGAUCUCCACGUGGGGGAUCACUUCCGCUUCCGCACACAUGGCGAUUCCUGUUUCAUUGAGUCGCUCGGCGUGGUGGACCGGCUGACAAAGGCGGUGACCAACUUCUCUGGCACGAGCGGCGAGGCAGAUGUUGGCGACACGUGGGCAGGCAAGAUCAUGGCAAACAAGGCAACCAAGGAGUACAUUCCUGGUGAUGACUUGGAGGGCGUGGACUCGGACGAGUGGGACGACGACGACGACGACUGAGAUGUGUGUGUGUGUGUUUGUUUGUUUGUUUGUGUUUCUGCUCGUUUGUCCUGUUUGUAUGCUCGUUUGUCCUGUUGACUGACUGAUUGUCUUAGCUGAACGUAUGUUUACAAUGUAAAGAAGCAAGCAAAACAGCAAGUCCUCUCCUGCUCUCUUCCUUGCGCUGUCC